ACCAGCUUGCGCUGAGCCAAAAAUACACAGAGAGAGGGAGAGAUACACACACACGCAGAUAGCGUAAUAAUAGAUGGAGAGAAAUACACGCACACAUACAGAGAUACAGAGACACGCGCAGAGAUACACACACACAUGCAGACACACAUAUAGAUACAAAGACACAUACAAAGACCCACCCACACAUAGACACAAAGGGAAAUACGCAGUCACACACGCAUAGACAGACAGAUAGGCAGACACACAAAUAGACACACACACAAGCAAAGUGACACACACAAAUAAAGACACCCCGACACAAAGACAAAGGCAGGUACUCAGACACGGACACCGCUACACGGACACAAAGACGCACAUCGACUACCACCGUCAUCAAUCCAUCUGCGCUCCCACCGUCGCCUCCCCCGACUCCCGCCCUCCAGGCGAUGCGCCCUGCGCUCCGCGUGAGCGGCAUGACCUACACUCACUACCUCGCGCUCUUCCGCCGCUCAUCGGGAGCGAACCCAGGGGGCCGAGGACAGGGUGACGACGACGACGGCGGCGAGGCGGCUCAUCCUUCAGCCGCUGCGGCGGUGACGGGCAGCGAGGAGCGACGAUCGGUCAGGGGACGCGAGGAGGAGGAGGAGGUGGAGGUGAUGGUGAUGAACGGAAGGAUGAAGGUUGCCUUCCCAAGCGACAAGGCGGCUGGUGGUGAAUGUACCUCGCCCGCGUCGGCCGAGUCUUGCGGGCGCAGUGACCCUCUCCUGCUCGCGAUAGAGGCGGGAGACGCGGAGGCCCUGAGAGGACUGCUCAGGGUGGAGAGGGACCCGGGCCGAGACCUGGAACCGAACCUCGGCAGCAAGGACCAGGGGCCGGAGGAGGCCUCGGGCUGGAUGAGUCUUCACGUGGCGGCGUGGCGAGGGGAGACUCAAUGCCUACGACUGCUCCUCAACGAGUUCCCAGGCUGGGUGGAUCGCCGCACGCUCAACGAGGAGACGGGACUCUUGCUCGCCACUCGCCGAGGUCACGUGGCCUGCAUGCGCCUGCUGCUGGAGGAGGGGGGCGCGAACCCGGACAUCUGCGCUAACAACCGGGAGACCCCGCUCUACUCCGCGUGCGAGCGCGGGGACCUCGCGGCCGCCUCGCUGCUCCUCGAGUUUGGCGCCGACCCGGCGCAGCGCUGCGCGCGCGGCUCCACUGCGCUCCACGCCGCGUCGGCACGCGGCUCUACGGAGCUCCUCGCCCUCCUCCUUCGGCUCCAGCCCCAGCCCAGGGCGGGUCCCGGGUCCCGCGCGCCGCUGCUGGCAUCCGGCUGCUGCCGCGGCCUCACGGCGCUGCACUACGCAGCGCAGCGCGGCCACGUGGAGGCGGUGCGGUGUCUCAUCGAUGCCGGCUCCGCCGUGAACGCGCAGGCCAGCGACGGGGGCACGCCGCUGCUCGAGGCCGUUCGCAGAGGCCACGUGGACGCUGCCCAGAUGCUGCUGAUCCGCGGAGAGGCCGACGCCAACAUCCCCGCGGACGUCCGGGCCCCGGCACGGGAACGUGGAGUGGGCGCAGCCGGCAAAGACGCAAUGCAGCGCGUCUUGCCCCUGCACGAAGCGGCCGGGCAGGGCUGCGUCGAGCUGCUGGACCUGCUGCUGCCCGCCACAUCGCGAGCGUGCGUGCGCCGGACCCCCUCGAGCCCCCUGCUCCCCGCGGCCCUGGGGGGCCACGCGGGGGCCCUGCGCCGGCUCCUCUCCGCCGGCUACCGCCCCAAUGGCGAUGGCCGGGCCGGGGGGCCAGGGAACGGGGCCGGCGGAAGCGGUGGGGGGGCCACGGCUCGGAGCCCCCUGCAUGCCGCCGUCUUCGCCCGGCGCGAGGACUGCGUCCGGCUGCUGCUGGCCGGCGGGGCGGACCCCGACGGAGACCCCCGCGGGGACCCCGAGCCGCCCGUCGUGACGGCCGCGCGUCUCGGCGACGCCGGCGCCGUGCAGCUGUUGUUGGAGGGUGGCGCGGACUGGGGGGCCGGGGCCCGAGCGGGGGGUUGCGGGCGUGGAGGAGGUGGAGGAGGUGGAGGAGGUGGAGGAGGUUCCUGCGCCUUCCCGGUGGUGGUGGCGCUGGCGAGAGGCCACCCGGCCAUGCUCAAGAUGUUCCUGGAUGCCGGAUGCGACGCCGCCGCUUGCUUCAGGUGCCGCCUGGAGCCGGUCGCGAACCCCCGCCGUGAAGAGGCGCGACCCCUGCAGUUCUGCGAGAUGUUCUCUGGCGGGGGUGAGGGAGCGAGCGAGGGGGCCUUGGUCGUGGCCGCCCUGCUCGACUACGUGGGCAGCGUCCGCCUCUGCCGCCACCUCCGCAAGUCGCUGAGCGAUCGGGACGAGUGGGCGAGCAUCGUUCAGGCUACGGACAACCCGCGCACCCUCGCUCACCUGUGCCGUGUGAGCGUGCGAGCCUCCGUCGGCUCUCACCGCCUGCGCCAGCUGCGCACCCUGCCCCUGCCGCAGAGGCUGCUCGACUACAUCCUCCACGCUCACCCCUAAUUCGUCGAGAGCGCGAGUUCCACUCCGGGCCCAGGGCUUAAUUUCAGCCGGUGCGUGGCCUCCGUUUUCAGCGAUCCAGAAAAUAAUACUUCUGCACCAGGCACGCAACAUCCAGAAUCAAAAUCUUUAUUAACACUGAAGGAAUCCGAUGAGCUAUGAAGGUCUUUUUCACAGAUGUCCAGUAGGUCAUCUGUGUAUCUCCCGCUGUAGCGAUAUGUCCCCUACCAGUUCCAUGACUACUUCGUUCUACCAGCAAACUGGAAAUUAUUUAUUGAAGAAACUGAGUCUCUGAUCUGAUCCGUGUCUCUUCAUCAACCAUGAUCAUCUUGGCGAGGUGUCCCUCGCAGGGCCUGACUCAUUUUUCCACCGCAACAUUGUCCUCUCUCUCAAGCUGGCCUUGAUUAUUUAAGAUCGACGGUUCAACUUGGCGCGAUAUUCAAUCAGUGGGCAUGCGACGGCGCCUUUACCAACGGGCAGUGACCAGCGUGGAGAAGUAUGGCCGAAAAACUCCUUUUCCCGACACGGCACAGGGGGGAGCUUUCUUCAUCCAGCAGUGGAUUAAUACAUUUCCUGUAAAUACAGGGUGCUUCAAAAACAUGUUAACACUUCUGAGAAUUUGCAACAAUACAAGGCAUGUGCUCUGGGAAACUACCUGGAGAAGAUUCCAGGCGUGUCUUGACAAUGAUGGCAAAGAAGUAGAGACUCUUUGACUUCUUGAAGCUAUUCAUAUCAUACAUUUGUUAUCAUCUUACAGUGUAUUAUUAUCCGUUCUUUUGCCAUUAAAAAAAGAUAGUCCCAUAUAAGUGUUAACAUAUUUUGAAGCACCCUGCAUAUUGUUAUUGUUGUUACUAUAAUGGUGCGUCUGUGGGAAGGUCACGAUCGAUCGAUAAUGAUCAAGUUUGUGAUACGUGCGUGCACCGAGCCGUGCUCUGCAAGGAUCGAUCACGUGCGAUUUAUGCAAAUAAGAUGCAAAUGAGAAAUGGCGUGAAAUGUUAACGUCGAGGAUGGUGGAGUGAACGGAAUU